AAGAAUAUACCACGGAAGAUGACGUCGGUCCGUAACCAGCCCCUCUGUCCAUUGUUUGGGAGACAUGCAGAGUCCAGGGAAAUGAAGGCACACCGGAGAUUUCAGGGUCGAUCUCUGCGUCGUCAUCACAGUAAUUGACUAGAACAAGAAGGCAGAGAAGAGAAAGAAAGAGAAAAGAAACAAAGAAAGAAAGACGAGGUCGGAUGCCGCUAAGCCCGGAAAGGGAAUUGUAGUAGCCUCAGGAAUAUGGGGACAGCCCCAGGCACAUUCAGGCAGCGUCCACGAUCAGGCGGCUAUCAGGCCACCAGGCCACCAGGCCACCAGGCUACUAGGCCGCCAAUCCGAGGAUGCGGGGACGUGCAAUUUCGCGCGAUAUCCAUAUAUCCACCAUUGCUGCACGACUCUCGCUCUACACCCCACGCAGAUUGUUCAAUUGAUACCAUUUCAUCCCUAUUCCCGUUACAAUGGCAGGCCCAACUAGAGAAUUUCCCCGCGUGCGGGCAUGCCUCUUCGACAUGGACGGCCUGUUGAUCGACUCCGAAGACAAGUACACCGCGAUCACCAAUACCGUCCUGCAGGAGUACGGGAAGCCCACGCUCCCGUGGUCCAUCAAGGCCCAGCUCCAGGGCCGCCCGCAGCCAGAAGCCAGCCGGAUCUUCCACCACUGGGCCCAACUCCCCAUUACUCCCGACGAAUACGCCGCCAAGACAGCGGCCCUGCAAUCGAAGUUCUUCCCGGAAUCGCAGCCCCUGCCCGGCGUGCGAACGCUCCUCGCCAAGCUCCUCUCAACGCAGAGCACCGACCGCCCCGUACACAUCGCGCUCGCGACAUCCUCCCACAGCAAAAACUACCAGCUGAAGACCGACCAUCUGCAGGAUGUGUUCUCACAGAUCCCGGCCUCACAGCGCGUGCUGGGCGAUGACCCCCGCAUCGGGAAGGGGCGCGGGAAACCGCUCCCGGAUAUCUAUCUGCUCGCGCUGGAGACCAUCAACACCAACUUGCGCGAGCGCGGCGAGCCGGAGAUCACGCCGGAAGAGUGCCUCGUGUUCGAGGACGCCGUGCCGGGAGUGGAAGCGGGGCGACGUGCGGGCAUGCGCGUGGUGUGGUGUCCCCACCCGGGUUUGCUGGAGUCGUACAAGGGUCGGGAGGCUGAAGUCCUGGCCGGUCUGACGGGGGAGCACAAGGAGGAAGAAAAGACGGCGCCGGAGAAGGAGGCCGAUGAGUUGAUCGCUGGGAGGCUACACUCGCGCGGGGCGGGCAAGCUCGGGGAAAUGAAUGACGGGUGGGGCGAUCUCUUUUCCACCCUGGAGGACUUUCCUUAUGCGAAAUAUGGCAUUCGUCCGGUAUAAUUUGGUGGCUUUCUGUGACCGUAUAGAGAGAUCGGUUCUACGAGGGAAGGUCAUACACGACUGUGAUGAUAGAAAUUUAUGUCAAUGAAGAAGCAAUACCCUGAGAGUA